GGACAGCGGCACAGGAGGCGGUGGCACUGCGGUUCCCCGAGGAGCGCGAGGCCCAGCAGUGGUGGACGGUGCUGAGCAGCUCCCUCAGGGAGGCACGCAGAGCUGCCGAGGGUGACACGGGGACAUCUCUGGUGCCACCUGCGGGAACAUCUCUGGCGCCACCCACGGGGACAUCCCUGGCGACACCCGCGGGGACAUCCCUGGUGCCACCACCCACGGGGACGUCCCUGGUGCCACCACCCACGGGGACGUCCCUGGUGCCACCCGCCGAGGGGCCCGAGCAGGAUGCAGAGGAGGCACAGGUCCUGGAGCUGGCCCAGACAGAGGAGCUGGCCCUGCGGCUGGCCGAGGCCAUCACCUUUGGGGACGAGGCGGUGGCGGCGCAGAGCGCGGUGGCGCUGGCCCGGCGGCACGCGGAGCUGAGUGUGAGCCUGCGCCACCGGGACCCCGGGGGCCACGUCAGCAUGGCGGUGGGGGUGGAGGACGCCACGUCCUCGGCCAGCAUCACCCUGCGGGUGCAGCCCCACGUCACCAUCAGCACCCUCAAGGAGCAGGUGUUCCGCGAGUACGGCUUUCCCCCUUCAGCGCAGCGCUGGAUCAUCGGGCAGAGCCUGUGCCGGGACGGGCGCAGCCUGGCUUCCUACGGCAUCCGCCGCGACGGCGACCCCGCCUUCCUCUUCCUCCUCUCGGCACGGGCGGCCCUGGAACCGGCACCGGGAGCCGGAGCAGCGGUGGGAGCGGCCCCGGCCCCGGCGGGCCCCGAGCGGCAGCGGGAGCUGCAGGCGCAGGAGCUGCUGCGCGCCGCGGGGCUGCACGGGGACGGGGAUGGACACGGGGACGGAGCGCCUGGGGCAGGCCGUGUCCCCGAGGAGCCCCCGGAGCGGAUGGACAUCGGGGACAUCCGGGAUCACCUGGACUCGCUGCAGCUCUGGGACAGCGCCGGGGCCCCGCCCACGGGCCCGGAGCCCCGCCCACCCUCACCUGAGCAGGGCUGGCCGUGCCCCCAGUGCACAUUCCUGAACAAGCCCACCCGCCCGGGCUGUGAGAUGUGCAGCGCCCCCCGGCCCGAGGGGUACCAAGUGCCCGGGGGGCACCGCCCCGACCCCGCCGAGCUGCGGCGGCUGCAGAGGGAGCGCGACGGGACCCGGCAGUGCCAGCAGGCGCUGGAGGCGGAGCGGCAGCGGAACCUGGCGCAGCUGCUGCGGGCGGAGGAGGCGGGGCUGGUGCUGAACCCGGAGCCGCUCGAGUGCGGGAUCUGCCUGCAGGAGGUGCCGGCGGGCCGGGCCGUGCUGCUGCGCGACUGCCUGCACAGCUUCUGCCGGGAGUGCCUGCGGCAGGUGAUCAACUUCAGCGAGGAGCCGGUGGUGGCCUGUCCCUUCCGCGAUGUCACCUACGCCUGUGGCAGCCACCUGCAGGAGCGCGAGAUCCGCGCCCUGCUGUCCCCCGAGGAGCACGCGCGGUUCCUGGCCCGCGGGCUGGCGCUGGCCGAGCGCCGCAGCCGGAACAGUUUCCACUGCCGGGGCCGCGACUGCCCGGGCUGGUGCUUCUACGAGGACGCGGUGAACGAGUUCCCGUGCCCGGUGUGCGGGGCCCUCAACUGCCUCCUGUGCAAGGCCAUCCACGAGGGGCAGAACUGCCGGCAGUACCAGGACGAGCUGCAGCUGCGGGCGCUGCACGACGCGGCCGCUCGCCAGACGCGGGACAUGCUGCAGACGCUGGUGCAGCGCGGCGAGGCCAUGCACUGCCCCACGUGCCGCAUCGUGGUGCAGAAGAAGGACGGCUGCGACUGGAUCCGCUGCACCGUGUGCCAGACCGAGAUCUGCUGGGUCACCAAGGGGCCCCGAUGGGGGCCGGGGGGCCCCGGUGACACCAGUGGCGGCUGUCGCUGCAACGUCAACGGGCAGAGGUGCCACCCCCGGUGCCAGAACUGCCACUGACCCCCCUGGGGACACCGAGGGACAGACGGACAGAUGGGGACAGAGCUGGCACCGGGCCAGGGACACCCGAGGGCUCCGGGAGGGGCCACGUCCGGCGGGGAUGGAGAGAGAGGACACAGGGACAGACGGACAGAUGGACACACGGACAGGAUGGACACACGGAC